AUGGGCGAUAAGCGAAAGCGAAGUCAAGCCGUUGGCGACGACGAUAUCGCAGAGGCCGCGGGCGUUACGAAUUCUAAGAAGAUAAAGAAGAGCUCAAGCGGAAAGGAGAAGAAGGACAAAAAGUCAAGCAAAGAUGGGAAGAAGCGGAGAAAAGAUGAAGCCAAGGAGGUAAAUGGAGACGAGACCCCAAUACCGGAAAUCGAUGUGAAAUCGGAGGAGAAAAAGAAAAAGGAGAAGAGAGAUAAAAAGGAGAAGAAGGAGAAGAAGAAGGAGAAGGACAAAAAGGAAAAGAAAGCGAAGGACAGGUCGAAGAAGGAUACGGUAAAGGAGACAACGGAGACGAAUGGCAGUUCUAUAGAAAAUAGCGAUAAGCAAAACGAUCAGCUCCCGAAUCCUGAGAUGAACGGCGAACUGAAAAAAGAAAAGAAAAAGAAGAAGGACAAAAAAGCCCAAAAAGAAUCCAAAGACACGAACGAGGAACCCAAAGAGGAAGUAAAUGGUGAUGCCACUGUAGCCGAGCCACCUACCAGCUCAGAGCAGGAUAUUACAAUCCCACCGGAGGAGGACGACCAUAUCCAUCCCGACCGAAAGCAAGGUAGAUUUAUUGUCUUUAUAAGCAAUCUUCCCUACACGGCCGACUAUGAUGCUGUAUCGAAACAUUUCGCAAAGCUCCAACCCGCACAUAUUCGGGUGCCACAGGAACGAGGUGGGAAAAAAGGGCGCGGCUUCGCGUUCGUGGAAUUCGCCCAUUAUGACCGCAUGAAGACUUGCUUAAAGUUAUAUCACCAUACUAUGUUUGAUGAUGGGAAAUCGCCGGCGAGGAAAAUAGGUGUCGAAUUGACUGCCGGUGGCGGUGGUUCCUCAGAAGCACGCAAAACAAAAAUCAUGGAGAAGAACCAGAAGCUGAAUGAAGAGCGUGCGCGUUCGGCAAAGGAGGCGGCGAAACGGAAACGAAUCGAGGAGAAGAAAAACCAAGGAUCUCAGCAGAAUGGCGAUGAGAACGGGACUGAGGAGUCCAACGGAUUGGAUGAUAUACAUCCAAGCCGAAGAACUAGAUUCCAAUAA